AGUGUCUAAUCGAUUUCUAACCUUACCUCUUCUACUAAGUGCAAAGUCUAAUAAUUAUAUUUUUUUAGAUUAAGUAUUUAUUUAAGAUUAUGAAGCUCAUAAAAAAUAAAAAAUAAUCAUAACUUACAAUUACAACUUUCAGUGCUUUCAAAUUUGUAGAGGUUAAGUUAGGCCUGUAUAUUAAGGGUUUGGUAAUAUGCGUACUAAUAACUCAGAUGGAAAUAUAAAUGAAAAUUGUCAAUUGGCUUCUUACAAAUCCAAGCAUGAGAAUGAUGAUACCCCUGUAAAAAAUCCUGAAGAGAUUGCUGAAGGUAAACAGAAACUGCAAAGCUGGAUCAACAAACAUAUGAAGAUUGAAAUGACCGAUGGUAGAAUUCUUAUUGGGAUGUUUUUGUGCACAGACAGAGAUGGAAAUGUAAUUUUGGGAUCUUGCAGCGAGUACCUUAACCCUGAAGGUAUUAUGCACAUCUGAAGGAGAUUAAUGAUGAUUGGAUGCUUUUGAGAAUCAUAAAAAUGUCUCGUAUCCAAAGUGCCAGAUGGGCAUUCAACUGCCGGGACUGGUCACCAUCGGAAUAUGAUGUUCAACUUUUAGCAAGUGGUCUUGAUGCUGAAGACAAAGAACAAGUAGGAAAGUUUAUUUUUCAAAAAGAUGCCAAAUCGGCAAUCAUUGGACGAUUUUUGACCAAGAAGUUUAUAUGUGAUGCUACAGGUAUUCCGUGGAAAAAAGUCAAGAUUUUCCGUGAUACUGAGCAUAAAAAGCCAUACUUUCCACAGGAACUUUACCCGUCCUGCAGAGUACAGUUUAAUAUUUCGCACAGUGGUGAUUUUGUUGUUUUAGCUGGGGAAAUGGGUGAUGUAAAAGUGGGGGUGGACGUAAUGAAAGUAGAAAAACAGAGGACAACGACUGUUCCAGAAUUUUUCCGAUUGAUGAACAAACAGUUUGCAGCUGAAGAGUGGAGUGUGGUGAAAUCCCAAUACACUGAAUGUGAGCAGAUGGCAAUGUUUUAUCGGUUUUGGUGUUUGAAGGAGAGCUACACAAAAGCAACUGGGACAGGCAUCACAGUUGACCUUCAAAAGAUAUGUUUUAAACUGAAAAACCUCCGUUUGGCUGUUAAUUCGGUUGUGGGUGACACACAAGUUUUUGUUGAAGGCCAAAAACAAGAAGGGUGGCUGUUUCAAGAGACUAUGAUCAGCAACAACCACAUUGCUUCCGUGGCUAUUUUUAGCCCAAAGGGGUGUUCAGACUUUCAAUCUAAAGGAGAACAUUUCAGUGUUCUUAGCUUUGAUGAGUUAAUAUCCCAGUACGAUCAAAUAUCAGAUAUUGAUAUUGAUUUCAGUAAAAGGUUUUUGUCCAAGAAGAUAAAACCGUGAUUUAUUUUAGACUACUAUUAUAGUAGAUGGUUGGAAUAAAUGGUCAAUCUUUA